UUGCAUGAUUCGAUUCAAAUUAGGGUUCACGCUAUUCAUAAUGUCAGUGAGAUGAGUGCAGCUUCGACAAAAUCUGCCAAGAUGGUUGAAUAUUUCCGGAUUGCAUUCUUAUUCUCUUUUGCUGUUGCUAUCAAUGGAAUAAUAUUAUCUGGCUCGGGAGCUAAUUGCAACAAGAAAUGCGGGGCUGCAAAGGAAACUUGCUUUUCAUUGGAUAAUAACGUGUGCUAUUGCCCAGCUGGAUUUAAAGGUGUCAACUGCGAUGAACCCAACACCGAUUACAUUGACGAAACAUGUGCAGUACCAAAACGAAUACCGGAAUUUUGCGGUGAAGCCAUUGACCUAUGUGGAAAUUGUGAUUCGGGCAGUAUAUGCUGUUCAAAUGGAUGCAUUUUAUCUUGCCUAUCUCUUCCUUCACCAACCUGCACAACAACCACGGAUUGUCCGGGAAAUAAAAUUUGCCACAAAACCACACCACCGCCGCAUAGUUGUCUUUGUCCAUUUGGAUUUACAGGGGAUGAUUGUAUGGAACGAGAGGUUGGCUACGACGACAGAUGUCCUUUUCCGGAUAAUCCAGCCGAUCUUUGCGAACAAGCUGAAUUCGAAACAUUCGAUGAAUGUGCCAUUGAUGUUCCAGGUCUCAAUUGUCCGGAUGGAAACAUAUGUUGCUUAGGAUCAGAUGGAUGUUCAUUCAAAUGUUUUCCAAUAGGCUGUAAAAACGCCGUUAUUCUUAAAACCUGCACUGAUCAGAGGAAACUCUGCAUAGACGACGAUUCUACUGACGGCUUCACAUGCCAAUGUCCACUUGGAUACAGUGGAUUCAUGUGCGCCACACGAUUUGCCGGAAUAGAUAAACAAUGUCCAUUUCCCGAAGUUUCUAAAGAUACCUGCGAUGAGUUUGAAACCCCGCCUUGUAUGAAAGCUACCGAUUGUGAAGACGAUGAAGUAUGCUGUUCGACAGGUUGUGGAACGGCUUGUGUGAAACUUUCAGAUAAGAAACCACCACAAAAGAUUUCAAAACUCACUCUAAUUGCACUCCUAAUGAGUUUAACAAAUCGUCCCAAACAAACUGUACCAAGACCACCAAUUGUACAAGUAGGACCGUAUGCACAAGCAGCACCACAUGAACCAUAUGUACAAGCAGCACCACAUGUACCAUAUGUACAAGCAGCACCACAUGUACCAUAUGUACAAGCAGCACCAGCCGUGCCAGUGGUGCAAAUUGCUCCAGCAGGUGCAGCAUGUGGUCCUGGAGAAGCUCUAGUUCAUGGAUGUCCAGAUGUAUGUCAGGGUGCUCGCUGCGUGAAUUAUUCUUAUGCAAUUUGUAGAGUUCACCCUUGCAAUAGGUGCACGGCAAGGUGGUACACCCGCCAGGGACAUGAUGUCACAGCAUCCUGUGGUCAAGUCGUGGGAUAAGGAUGUAUAGAGAAAUAGAUGAAUUCAACUACAAACUAAUGGGAAUUGACUGAAGUGGCAACAAAAUGUAAAAUUUGACACUCGAAAGCACUAAAAAUUCGAAAAACUCAGCAUCUUGAUUUAAAUAACUCAGAGAUUAAAAAUAAAACAACGGAAUGAAAUUUUAGUCAGUUCAGUCUAUACAACAUCCCUGGUUGUUCAUUAAUAGUGUCAUGUAAAUUGAUAAAAGUUAGCAUGUGUUAUAUAUUGUAUAUUUUGAUAAAUGCAUUGUUUGGCGAAGUAUUCGUUGUCACGAGAGUUGCUUUUUGAUGAAUUUAUUACGCAUCUGUUCGUGAAUUAACAUCGCAGGAUGAUUUGGCAAAUCUUUUGUUCAGCCACAAAAUGGCGUACUACGCAUGCCUUGACUUGAAACAAUCGUUACCAACUUUUUGUUGAAUUUCCCUUAGACUAUUGCCCGUUUUUAUUCCCCUUUUUUAUACAAAAAAAUAGAACGAGUGUCCCAUGAACGUACCACUUUA